AUGGAGCAAUGGAAGGUGAUGCUGUUGAUUUGUUUGUACGGAGCGGUCAAAGAGUUCCGACCGACGGAACCGUACAUGUACGAAUAUCAGCACACCGUUCUGAACAUGUCCGAACACACGUUGAACAGUCAGGUAGGCCGCACACAAAUCGAUAAUUUCAGAAUUUGCAACGGUCAGCACUUUUUUCAUCGAAAGUUGCUGACAAUUUUGUGCAUGACAAAAAUUCCAGUUUUUCCAGAAAAUCACAAAAAAUCCGUUCAGGUCUACCCCAUCUGGACGUACAGUUAUCUGGUGUUCCUCAUUCCCGCGUUCCUUCUCACCGACGUUCUCCUCUAUAAACCACUUUUAGUAUUCGAAGCGUUCUCCUAUUUCCUAUGUUGGAUCAUUUUUGUGUUCGGAAAAAGUGUGUGGAGUCAACAGGUAAGACAUUUUUUUUUAAAGAAAAACGCGUUAAAAAGACUAUUCAGCUUCUCGAGUUGUUUUACGGAUGGGCGACUGCGACGGAGAUUGCCUAUUUUGCGUAUAUUUAUGUGAAAGUACCGAAAACUGAGUAUAAAUCGUGAGUCUCGUGUGAUAUUUCCGCCUAAAUUCCGACAUUUGCAGAGCCACAGCGUUUACUCGUGCCGCGCUUCUCGUCGGCCGUUUUCUGGCCUACGCACUCGCCCAAUUGCUCAUCGGCCUAAACUGGGCCGACUAUCAGACCCUGAACAUCAUCAGUCUCGUCGCGAUGGCGUUUGCAGUCAUUCUGGCCCUGAUUCUGCCGCACGUUCCGUGGAGAGACGCUUAUCAGAAAAAGUUGGAGGACAACGGAGUGUCGGGCAGUUUGGAAACGCUCGUCAACGACGCCUCGUACUCCGACUACGUGCGACUGUUCUUCUUGAAUUUACGCCAAAACUUGUUGGCGAUCUAUCGGAAUCCGCUGAUUUUGAAGUGGUCCAUCUGGUCGGCACUUUCCAGCUGCACCUUCUAUCAGGUAACUUUCGCCGAGGGGGCCGAAUCGAUAAGAACGUUUAUUUAGGUGACCAACUACACGCAAACUCUCUGGGGAACGCUGCCGGAAGAGCAGAACAAGUACAACGGAAUCACCGAAGCGCUGGUCCCAUUCCUUGGAAUUCCGGCCGAUCUGAUCACGCGUCAGCUGAACAUCAACUGGAACCGUUGGGGCGAUCUUCUGCUGGCGGUCGGCGCACUUUUCCAGGGCGGUCUUCUGUUUUGGAUGUCGAAAUCGCAUCAGAUCUGGAUUCUCUACAUGUGCUACAUCUUGUAUCGAGUCACCUAUCAAUUGACUACGACUAUUGCACAAUCUACGUUGGCACUCUCCCUAGACUCGAGACUUUUCGGACUUUUGUUCGGAAUCAACACUUUCGUGGCCCUAGGACUUCAGUCGAUUCUCACCGGAGUGGUCAUUGAUUGGCUCCAGCUGGCCAUCCGGCCACAGGUACUCGGUUUCAAGUUGCCGGAAACUGGAAAUGGAAAUGUUUGCAGUUCGUCGUCUAUUCCUGCUAUCAUCUCGUUGUCGCCGUCGUGUUUACGGUCUCUUUUGCUGUCUGGGCGAGUCGGAGAUGGAUCAAGUCACGGGCACAUUAG